GGGAGUUGCAGGUCGUUGGAUUCACUGUUUAUCCGUGAGGCUCUGCUGUUUAAGGUCCGCUGACAGGAAAACCAGGGCGAAUUCAGCUCUGAGUGCAGCAGAUCGCAGGAUGGACACAACGGCACCGAUUGUGGUUUUGGCCACCAGCUCAGCUCUGACUGCCGUCUUCUACUCCAUGUACAAGAGCAGAGCCACUACGGUGACGAGAUUAAAGGAAGCGAAAAAAAUCUCGCUUGACCAGGAUUUAAAAGCCCUGCUGUCCGAAACUCCUGGAAGAUGUGUCCCUUAUGCUGUCAUAGAAGGUGUGGUGAGAUCUGUUAAAGAGACCCUAAACAGCCAGUUUGUUGAUAACUGCAAAGGUGUGAUUGAGAGACUGACGCUGAAAGAGGAGAAGAUGGUGUGGAAUCGCACCACUCAUCUUUGGAACAACACAGAGAAAGUCAUCCACCAGCGCACCAACACAGUCCCGUUCGCCCUCGGGCCUCACGAUGAUGACAUCUCCACCUCGGUCCGGGUCAUUCGGCCGCUGGACGCCGCCGAGUUGAACCUGGAGACCACCUACGAGAACUUCCACCCCACCGUCCAGUCCCUGUCCAACGCCAUCGGCCACUUCAUCAGCGGGGAGCGGCCCAAAGGCAUCCAGGAGACGGAGGAGAUGCUGCGCCUGGGCGACAGCGUCACCGGCGUGGGCGAGCUGGUCCUGGACAACAACGUGAUCAAGCUGCAGCCCCCCAAACAGCAGGGCUUCUGCUACUUCCUCACCCGGCUGGACUACGAGUCUCUGCUCCGGAAGCAGGGCAACGGCGUGCGGCUGUGGCGGAUCCUCACCGUCCUGUUCGGCGUGGCCGCCUGCUCCACGCUCCUCUACAUCCUGUGGAGGCGGUACGAGCGCCACAGGAGGAGCAGGAAGGAGAGGAGCAUGCUGGAGGAGUUCAAGGAGCAGCAGAGGAGGCGGAUGCGCGAGCUGAACAUCGACGAGGGCAGCGUGUCGCCCAGCAGCUGCACCGUGUGCCUGAGCCGCGAGCGCGCCUGCGUCUUCCUGGAGUGCGGCCACGUGUGUUCCUGCGCCGAGUGCUACGAGGCGCUGCCGCAGCCAAAGACCUGCCCAAUCUGCAGGGCGCCCAUCCACAGGGUGGUGCCGCUUUACAACAGCUGAAACCAGAAAACACUUUCACAAAAGUGUCGAUUUUGUUGUUCCUGCUUUUGUUUUUGCUUUUUCUGCCACUGAUUGUCAAAGUCAUGGUCCAAUAACAACAAUCAAAUUAUUUAAAGUGGAAUUCAUAUGGAUUGAAAGUCUUAUUGUCAUCUAGAGACAGAAAACUAGUUUGCUUUGUAUUCAGACAACAAAAUGUCCAUCACACAAAUGCUUCCCAGAAACCAGAGUCCAGAACUGUCAAACUGAUUGAUAAGCCGAAAUAUUGGAAGUGACACAAUCUUUAAUUUGGAAAUAUUCAUUGUCUAAACAAAGGUGAACUUUGUGUUUCGUCAAACUGCUCAUAUUAAAGUCAAAGGUCAAAGUGAGCUUUAUUGUCAAUGACACACACACACACACACACACACACACACACACACACACACACACACACACGUCUCGCCUCAUCUCCCUCCAUGUAAACA